AUGUCACUUCCUGCAGUCACACAGCCAGUUCAGUCCAGUUCGCCGCUUCUGUAGUAAAGAGCUUGGAUCUGUCUGAGAGCUGUCAACACACGGCGCGGCGUCUAUCUUCCUCCACUCCGGCUGGCUCUCUGCUGCUGUGGAAACAUUCUUCUAUUAAACUCGGACCGCUUCACGUUUCAGCAACGGUUUCCUCCAGAUAACAGAGACUCUCCUCUCACUAUGACACGAAGGUGAUCUUCAGAGUUUCCAGGUGGUUCUGGGGUUCCAGGUUGGUGUUGUGAGAGAGCAAGCUACCUGUGGGGAGGUGGACCGCCUGGGGCAUUGUGUCCCUUGUUCUCAAGUGACUAAGGAAGGGGCUCGACAAACUGUUCUGCAACAUGGAGAGGGGUGAGAUGAAGAUCCUCAACAAGGGGGAAGAGGAGGAGAUGGAGCUGCAAGGCUACCGACUCUGCCGUUGGCGACUGGCCCUUGUAGGCUUCGGUGUACUUUGUACCGGAGGCUUCCUUCUCCUGCUGCUCUACUGGUUGCCAGAAUGGUGCGUCAAAUCCACCUGCACCCGUACCACAGCCCGUGAUGCCGAAGUGGUGUUGCUGCGCUCCACGGAUGAGUUCCGGCGCUGGUUCCUGGCCAGGGUACGAGUGAUGCUUGCUCCGGGGAGCAACCCCUUCCACAGCCUGGAGACCCAGACCACCUCCCCUCCUUCCUCACCCUCCUCCCCUUCCUGCCCCUUCUCUAGCCCCUCCCCUUCACCUCUGGCCAACGGACACACACCUCACCCCUCCGAUGGCAGCCCUGCUCAGGAGCUCAUUAGAAGAUUUUCGUACUACCAGCCCACACAGAUUCGCUAUUUCACCUUCCAUAGCACAAAGUAUUACUGGAAUGAUGAGAUGCAGAACUUUAAAGUUUUAAUCGGCCUGGAAGAUCUUGAAGUCAGUUGCUCUACCAUCCACUCAGAGCACAGUGCAGGCCUGACCAGGAACCAGCAGGAGUACAGGAAACUGUUCUUCGGAGUGAAUGAAAUCGCAGUGAAAGUGCCUUCUGUUUUCAAGCUGCUUAUCAAAGAGGUCCUCAACCCUUUUUACAUCUUCCAGCUCUUCAGCAUAAUCCUGUGGAGUGCCGAUGAGUAUUACUACUAUGCUGUGGCCAUUCUUCUCAUGUCGGUUAUAUCCAUAGCUACCUCUCUGUACACCAUCAAAAAGCAAUACGUCAUGCUUCAUGAUAUGGUUGCAGCUCACAGUAUUGUCCGUGUGUCUGUUUACCGAGCCAAUAAUGAUGUUGAAGAGACAUUGUCAACUGAUCUGGUACCUGGUGAUGUGGUGGUCAUUCCAAGCAACGGGACCAUCAUGCCAUGUGACGCAGUGCUGAUCAGCGGCACCUGCAUCGUCAAUGAAAGCAUGCUCACAGGUGAGAGUGUUCCUGUGACAAAGACCAACCUCCCCAACCCACUACCAGGAGAGCGGGAGGGGGCGGACAGUGCCUACAACACAGAGGAGCAUAAGAGACACACACUGUUCUGCGGCACCAACGUCAUCCAAACCCGCUUCUACACAGGAGAACUGGUCAAAGCCGUGGUGGUCCGCACAGGUUUCAGCACAGCCAAAGGCCAACUGGUGCGCUCCAUCCUUUAUCCCAAACCCACCGACUUCAAGCUGUAUCGUGACGCCUACCUCUUUCUGCUGUGUCUGGUGGCCGUGGCUGGAAUUGGCUUCAUUUACUCCAUCAUCCUCAGUGUCAUGAAAGGGGAGGAAGUGAAAACCAUCAUCAUCGAGUCUCUGGACAUCAUAACCAUCACGGUGCCACCAGCGCUGCCAGCAGCCAUGACAGCUGGGAUUGUGUACGCCCAGCGGCGUCUUAAAAAGAUUGGUAUUUUCUGUAUCAGCCCACAGAGGAUCAACAUCUGUGGACAGAUUAAUCUGGUCUGCUUUGAUAAAACGGGAACUUUAACAGAAGAUGGAUUGGACAUGUGGGGAGUUCAGAGAGUUGAAGGAGGCCGUUUUCACCUAUCAGAGGAAAGUGCCAACAAGGAGAAUCUUGUCAAGUCCCAGUUUGUGGCCUGCAUGGCCACCUGCCACUCGCUAACCAAAAUAGAAGGCCAGCUGUCUGGAGAUCCACUGGACCUCAAAAUGUUUGAGGCUACAGGCUGGAUCCUGGAGGAAGCCACUGAGGAGGAAACUGCUCUCCAUAACCGCAUCAUGCCCACCGUCGUCCGACCACCACCGCAGCUGCUGCCCACCCAGGCCGACGAAUCAGCCGAGCAGGACAUGGAACUCGCUGAGCUUUCAUCAUUAUACGAGAUCGGUAUUGUGCGGCAGUUUCCUUUUUCCUCGGCGCUUCAGAGGAUGAGCGUUGUGUCUCGUACUCUAGGGGAGAAAUGUAUGGACGCCUACAUGAAGGGAGCACCGGAGGUGGUGGCCAGUCUCUGCAAGUCAGAAACAGUUCCGGAAAACUUUGCCGAGGUUUUGGAGGGUUACACUAAGCAGGGAUUCAGAGUGAUCGCUCUGGCUCAUCGGCGACUCGGAUCAAAACUCAACUGGCACAAAGUCCAAAACGUCAACAGGGAUUACAUAGAGGCAAACUUGGAGUUUCUGGGACUCAUCAUCAUGCAGAACAAACUGAAGGCUGAAACUCCAGGAGUGCUGCAAGACCUCCAUCGAGCAAACAUUCGAACCAUCAUGGUUACUGGUGACAACAUGUUGACGGCAGUCUCCGUGGCCCGUGACUGUGGAAUGAUCCCUCCCGAGGACAUGGUCAUCAUUGCCGAUGCCCUUCCUCCUCAUGAUGGACAAGCCGCCAAAAUCGCAUGGAGAUACGCCGACAAGCCCAGCAGAACCACACGACUCGAGGAAAUUAGCAUCAGCCUGGAGGACGAAGGUCAUGCUGAAGAGCCCAAAACACAACCACUCUACCACUUUGCCAUGAAUGGAAAAUCAUUCGCUAUAAUCGCCGAGCAUUUCCCAGACAUGCUUCAGAAGCUUGUGCUGCACGGGACAGUGUUUGCCAGAAUGGCGCCGGACCAGAAAACCCAGCUUGUCGAGACACUACAGGGAGUAGACUACUUUGUGGGAAUGUGUGGAGAUGGUGCAAAUGACUGUGGGGCGCUGAAGAGGGCACAUAGUGGGAUCUCUCUGUCAGAGCUGGAGGCCUCAGUUGCUUCCCCCUUCACCUCCAGGACCCCCAACAUCUCCUGCGUCCCGAGCCUGAUCAGGGAGGGUCGCGCUGCUCUUAUCACCUCCUUCUGUGUGUUCAAGUUUAUGGCUCUCUACAGCAUCAUCCAGUACAUCAGCGUCACUCUCCUCUACUCAGUAUCAAGUAACCUUGGAGAUUUCCAGUUCCUCUUUAUUGACAUUGCUAUCAUCCUUCUAAUUGUUUUCACCAUGAGUUUGAACCCAGCCUGGAAAGAACUGGUGUCACGUCGUCCCCCAUCAGGACUAAUCUCAGGACCUCUGCUGUUCUCUGUGCUGACCCAAAUCCUCAUCUGCUUGGGCUUCCAGACCAUUACGUUUCUUUGGGUCCAAAAGCAGCCGUGGUUCGAGCGUUGGACGCCUGCUACAAACGUCUGCAAUCACUCGGAUCACCUGAACGUGUCCGGACUCAACCAAACGGAUAAUCACAACAUCCAAAACUUUGAGAACACCAGUCUCUUUUACGUCUCCUGCUUCCAGUAUCUCAUUGUCGCCAUCGUUUUCUCCAAAGGCAAACCUUUCAGGCAGCCGAGCUACAAGAACUGGCCUUUUGUUCUGUCUGCUGUGAGUUUGUAUUUCUUCCUGCUGUUCAUCAUGUUUUAUCCUGUUAAAGGCAUUGAUGAUUAUCUAGAGAUUGUCUGUGUCCCUUUUGAAUGGAAGCUAAACCUUUUACUGAUAAUCGCAGUCAAUGCUGCUGUAUCUGUUAUGGUGGAGACCUUCAUCCUUGACAUCAUCUUAUGGAAGCUUGUGCUCAGCAGAGACAAACAGGCCACCCCCGCCGCCCCGACACCACAGGGGGCGGUUGACAUGCAGGCAUACAAGUGUCUGUUCAGGUUGUGUCCACGCAAGACGACGCCCAAAGCUCGAUACAUGCAUCUUGCCCAGGAACUGAGUUUGGACCCAGACUGGCCCCCAAAGCCGACAACCACCACAGAGGCCAAGCCCCGCCCUGAAAACGGCUCUGUCUAUGACAUCAUAAGCCACUCCUAGCAUCGCCACGUCCCCAAACACUAUGGGGUCCCCAGCGCUCACAGGAAACUUGCAUAUGAGUAGUACUAAGGGAAGUGCCCAUUCUCAUUCUCUCGAUCGCCUUCACUCUUCAUGCAAAAAAAACUCCAUCAGUUCUCACGAAUACCGAAACGAGUACCUUCAUAUCUUUCAAACUGCACCUGCUUUCUCCCUCACACUCCAUAUUGAUACUCUCAGGUCUCAUUAUUAUUUGACAUUUCUGAAAAAAAACAACAUCAUUGCUCUUUUACUCGUACGCCAUUCCUUACGUCUGUUUAUAAAAGCAGAGUAGCAUUCAACAAAGACUUGCAAUCAAAGUGAAAGUUGUGUGGUGACACCUUGUGGUGUAGGUUAAACAUCCUGUCAAUUUGUCUGAGGAAAACCAUGUGAAAGGUCACUUGAGAAAUAGUGUAUUCACUCGCAAAUAUAAAAUAUGUUUCAUAAGAUUGUUAUAAACGUCAGGUUUUAUUUUACACCUUAGUAGCCGAUACGUGAUGGACAGAUACUGUGAAAAUAUUUAAAAAGUACAAAUAAACUCUUGAGUGAAGCUGUGCAGCGUAGGAUUGGGGGCAUGUUGCCCUAGUUGCGAGGCUUUCAGAUUUACCCUUUUCUGAAUAAAAAUAUUGAUUUUAUAAAAAGGUUGUAGUUGAAACGUUUGGAGGAUAGAAGAAAGGAAAUGCACUUUAAAAAAAGAUGAAGUUAAUGGAUGAAAAUAUUGACUUGAUAUAAAAUUGUUCUAUUUAUUCUACUUGGUUGAAUAUUUCCUUUUGUGCAAGUGCGGGUCUUGGCAGUAUGUCUUAUACUGACGAAAUGCCCGUUUAUUUCUCAUUGCAUGGUGACUCAUUUCAAUAUAAGUCAUUUGUAGGGAGCGCAGCAGAAUUAUGCCCACAGAGAACUUGUGAAACGGGAGUGGGGAUUGUGGCUUUAUUUGGUUCUCAUAGAGCCCUCGGUAGUGAGGGAAUACAUUGUUAAAUCGGAAAUUAAUUAUUCAAAUAUGUCACCAUUCAUGGGCAAAUAAACACUUUCUAGCAGCAGAGGAUUUAUUGUUCAGAAAUUGUGUUACCACAAAGAAAUAAUCAACCAAAUACAAAUUUCCUUAAUUUUUACGCUUGUUCUUUUCACUAUUAGAACUUCCCUUCUGAAGCCCUAGAGCGCCACCUGUUGGCUUUUAGGUAUAGUGUGUGUACCAAUUGAAAAAAGCUCUAAUUUGAGUUUCAGACGUAGACGUACAGAGCCGAUUUAGCCUAAAAUUGGCUAAUUAUGAUCACCUGCUAACUUCUCAAUGCAGCCCUAAAAUACAUGUAUAUUCAUAAAUACAUGCUGACUAACUAAUUUGUGCUUUAGCUAAGGGACAAGUUGACUAGUUAUUGGAAUGAGGUAAACAAAAAGUACUAUUACAGUACAGUAAGUGAUUUGUUUGUGUAGAAUGAUCUCCUUCGAGACCAGCAUAAAGCCUGUACUCUGUUUAGCUCUUUGCAAAAAUAGAUUUUAUUUCUCUUUAAAAGGCAUACUGUAAAGAUUUGGAAAGGUUUUAAAACGGAACGACUUGUUUGACGAAAGAAAAUAGUUUGAGCCGACGAAGCUGAUUUAUGACCUCUAUACUUGCUCUCAAAUGCCUACUAAUUUUUGUGUGAGCACAAAGUUGAUUUAAAUCCCUUGAAGAAUGGGAAAAAAAAAAUGCUUUUUUUUUUUUUUUAAGAAAAUGGCCUUCUCUCUAGACUGAACUUUAUAUUUAACAAAGAUAAGUAACAGGAUUGAGUCUGUGUGGCAUUUUUCUUAGAUUUCUCUAAAAAACAGUUUCAAACUGUUUGGGUGUUUUGGCUCAUUCUUGUGGCACGGUGUCCGCUGUAAUUGUCAAUGUUUAGUUGUAGGAUUUCAACUCUGAGCAAUGAAAACAUGUGAGUAAAAGAAUUUUCAUCUAUUCUAUGUCCAUAUCGGCCGCCUUCUGUCCACAAUAUUGAACAUUUGAUCAAGAAAUGUCAAAUUUAGCACAAAAUGUUAUAGCUUUUUUCUGUAGAUUUUGGAAACAUCUUUAAACCAACAGCCGAAUCCUUGUUAACUCUGACACUGAUGACAUUAAUCUUUGUCAUUUCUUACACUUUUAAUGCUAAAAUGUUGACUUUGUGUACUUCUGACAGAAUAACGGUUUGCCCUUUAACUACACCUUUAUGAAAAACAUGCCUGGUUCAACAUUUCCUCCAUCAGUUUAGUAAGCAGUGAUCUCUUUGCAGACUGAACUGGUGCUUGCUUGGUGGUGAAAAACGCUCUUCAGCAUACAGAGACCUGCAUGAAGCCAGCUGCCUGCGGGUCACCUGACUGUUGCAAUGCUACGCAUUGAGCUUCAAGCAUGUGGCAUAACUAUAGGAAUUAAGAAACAUUUAACAUCUUACAUUGUAUAUUAGAGACGUAAAUAAUAAUACAAAAGUCCCAGAAACAGCAUGCAUCUGGUUGGUUAUUGUAAACUGUUAACCAAAAGCAUGAGACUAGAUGACUUAAAGCUUCCUGCAUCUUUGGAUAUGUUCCUGAAAUCAGAAGUACGGCUUUUUUAAGCGACAUUUCUUCCUGUGGAAGAUUGAUUACAGUUGAAAUUAGUGAAUAGGGUAAAGAAUUGUGCAUCUCAUCUGUGUGCUGCUCCUGUUUUUUUUUUUUUUUUCUUCUCCCCUAAAAAAUGAUUUAUGAAUGAUGAAGCCUGAUUAAAUAGCUCCAUCCAUGUCCAUCACAUAUCCUCCAUGCAUAGAGUUAAGGGCUAUAUGUUGGGUUCAGUGCUCUUUAUUCAACAUGUCAAAUAAAAAAAACGGCAGUAGAGGAGCUUAGAUGUGAGCAUUUUUGUGAUUGGAAUACAUAUUUAUAUUUUAUUUGGAGCGUUUUGAAAUAGUUUAAAAUAAAAAUGGAUGUGUUGCCACGAUGACAUGUUCAAAUAAGCAGAUUACUCAUACCCAAUACUUUUGUUUAAUCUAUAUAGAGUAUUUAUUGUGACCAGAUAUUGGCCACAAAUAUUUCUAAGUCCUCCAUGAUUUAGAAAAUUCAUUAUUUUUCUAAGACUGAAUGUAGUUGAGAACAAAAUGUAAUGCAAUGCAAAACCACAAUUACUGAUUUUUAUUUCCUAAGAUAUUUCUUCAUAUGUUUACUGGUUGCUUAAAUAAAAAAGGGUGAAUGAGAGAGAAGAAAAGUUAGAUUUUUAGCCAGUGGUCAGGUGUGUCAAAUGAGAUUUGAUGGAGCACAUCAAGUAGACAUUAAGUGGUUAAAAUAAUACAAGGUUUUGUUUGUGUAUAGGUGUACAUUUCUCUAGUCUGUGGAAGAGUUUAAAGAUUUAAUUAUAAAGAUAUAUGGAUUUUGAAUUAUAAAAGGGCUGGUGUGUUUUUAUUUGUUGCUUUAUCUUCUACUUUUUGGUACUGUCACAAUCAGUUGUCAAUCUUUGAUUUUUUUUUUUGUGUGUGUGUGUUUUAACUUGUAUAAUGUAACCGUACUGUCUGUGUUCUCUAAUUGGGCAUCAAACCUGGGCAUUUACUUCAGUCUGGUGAGAACACUUGGAUAAACAAAUUGCAGCCAAUGUCUGUUUUCGAGGUCUAGAUUAAAUAAAUCCAAACCUAAACAAUUUGCUCCUGCAGGUUCCAAAAGUCCGAACAGAUUUUUGUCUAGUUUCCCCUUUUGUUUUUAUCUUGAAGUUUUCUAACUAUUAAAAAGAAAAAAGCUAACCAGAAGGGAAUUCAACCCGCUUUGCAUUUCUAGUUUAAUCAUCCAAGGUGUGUCUUGACAUUUUCUCUGCUUCCAUGUGAAAUGUAGCUGGCAAAUAAAUUGUCCAUUGCCGUUUAUCAUCUUGUUGCAUCACACUGCUGCUAGGAGCAAAAUGAUUCAUCUGUGUCAUAUCUGCACCAUUUAUUUAGAAGAGAAAUAAAUGUGUAAAUGCUACUUUUGCAUUUUUCUACUGUGUAGUUUUUCUUUUUGAUUCAGCGAACCUUCAACAGAGACUUCUGAGCACCUUCACUACAGGGUUCAUAUUAAAAUAAUGUUAAAACAUGUCUUCUCCUGGCAUUCACAUAGGGUAUAGGUGUGGAUGAAUAACUUGUAUGUUAGAAAUAAAUAAAUUGGACUUGAUGUUUCACCCAGAAAAAUGCUGUUAAUUAUAUCUUUUUAACCAGUUUGCCUGCAGCUUAGCUCAUGAUUUCUUUUCUGUGCUCAUUAUUUUCAGCUUCCUCACCUCCUCACCUGGGAUAUAUGUAUUUUUUUAUUGGCAGAGAUGUAUAAUAUUUUGACAAUUUUCUAUUUUAUAAUUUAUUUGUAUUUAUUUUGAUUGUUUUUUUUUUCCUCUUAAGAUUGUGUUAUAGCUUUAUGUCGAUUUGUUUUUCUUUACAAUAAAUGUUCUUAAAGCAA